CGCUGCUAGCGGUCGCCAUUAUUGCUCCUGGCUUGACGCGCCAUAAAAAUACGGUUUAAUACUUUUAAUAGCAGAUUUAGUGUGUGUCUGCUUGGUGCACUUUGGGGAACAUUUCUCAGAGUAACGGAACGUCCUGAGUAAAGUAUGGCGAGACGCUCCGACACCGCAGGUGUUGGAGUCUCCCUCCCACUGCCCUCCCUCCGCCUGAUGACCUCCCCCCUGCAGCUGACGUAUUCGUACAUAUGGCAGGUGGUCCGCCAGAAGAAGGUGAAGCAGUACCCGAGGGUGGAGGAGUUUGUCAGCAUGGUAACGCAGACCGUUCCCGAGCUCAUGAGCUUCAAGCAAACGGCCCAACUCAUCUUGGGGUUGAGAGCCAGGAUUAUUUUGGACAUGCUUCAAAGAGACGGCCCACCAGAUUCCAAGGCAAUCCAGACUCUCAUCAAUAAACUGAAAAUCGCCUCAGUUUCAGGGAAGGAUGGAGACGUGGAGAAAUCUCAGACAAACUUCAUGGUGUUGGUCCAGAGUUUGCUAAAAAGCCCCAGUGAAAGGAAACGCUUCUUCCAGGAAGUGUUUCCGGUUCAGUACGGCACAAAGUUUGACACGGCUCUGCAGACUCUGAUCGCCGGCCUGGUGUGCAAGCUGGAGCAACUUCUGCCAGUCCCCAAUCUGUCCCAGCUGGGCACCAUGAUCUCAUCCGAUGCCUCGAUCCUCGAGGCUUGUGGAGACCUGAUUCCCGAGACAGGCGACCUGAAGACUCUACUCCUACACCAGCAGGCAAAAGGCCUCCUUGGUGUUAAAGCUACUAUUUCCUCAUCGGUGGGUGACUGUGUGCUCACUUCACUGGCCUUCCGGCCUAAGCCCGUCGAGCCUCCGCCGCCGCCACCGCCUCCUCCAGCACCAGAAUCGCCGAAGCGACUGGAAGUUUCUGUCAAUGAAACGAGCUCGGCCUCCAUCAGCGACACGGAGGACCUGGGUGUGAUGACCGAUGACUCCGACAGCCCGGCGCCCCCGGCGGCGACGCCCCAGCGGGGAGGCCGGCCGCCUCAGAAAGCAGCCAGCGAGAGCGCGGCCAAAGAAACGAGGGCCACUCGAGUGGCUCAGAGCGAGAGUUUGGCGCCGGGGAAGACUUCAGUGGAGAAAAGUUCCACUCAUAACAAUUCAGUCAGUAUUCCUGAAAGCAAAGAUCCCAGUGCGGCGAAGACGCCAGAGAAGGCUCAGCUGCAGCAGCUGUCUAUGAAGUCAAUCCCAUUCAGAGUCGUCUCAGUGCCCGCCAAACCCGACUCCACGCCUCAGAACGCCGGAACCAAAGACGGACAGAAGACCCAGAGAGUCACGCUGCACCAGUGGGUGUCGCAGAUCGCCACUAACUCGCUGUCCCUCCCGGCCUUACCGCCGCUGCCUCCGCCCAGACUGAUCGGCGGGUACGACUCCAAGCCCAGCAUCAGGCGCAAGAAGCAGAUCCGCCCCCCGUCCGACCGAUACUCCUGCAGCGUGUGCGACAAGAGCUUCCCCUAUCAGUCCAAGCUGACCGACCACGAGCGCAUCCACACGGGCGAGAAGCCGUUCGUCUGCUCGGCGUGCAACAAGAGCUUCCGGACGCAGGCCUUCCUCAACAACCACCUGAAGACCCACAGCUCCAUGCGCCCGUACGUCUGCGGCCAGUGCGGCAAGUGUUUCACCAAGCUGCAGAGCCUGACCAAGCACAUGCUGGCGCACAGCGGCCAGAAGCCCUUCUACUGCAACAUCUGCAACAAGGGCUUCACGCAGUCCACGUACUUCAAGAGGCACAUGGAGUGCCACACCAGCCAGAUGACGUUCCCCUGCAAGCACUGCACCAAAGUCUUCCCCACGGCCUUCAAGCUGUCCAACCACGAGCGCUGGCACACCCGAGACCGCCCGCACAUGUGCGAGCGCUGCGGGAAGCGCUUCCUGGUGCCCAGCCUGCUGAAGAGACACAUGGGCUACCACAUCGGGGACCGGCAGUACCUCUGCUCGCAGUGCGGAAAGACCUUCGUCUACCUGUCGGACCUGAAGAGGCACCAGCUGGACCACAUCCCCAAAGCCAAGAUCCCCUGCCCGGUGUGCCAGAAGAAGUUCUCCAGCAAGUACUGCCUGCGGGUGCACCUGAGGAUCCACACCCGGGAGAGGCCCUACCGCUGCACCAUCUGCGAGAAGACCUUCACCCAGGUGGGCAACCUGAAGGUCCACAUCCGGCUGCACACCAACGAGCGGCCCUACAGCUGCGACGUGUGCGGGAAGACCUACAAGCUGGCGUCCCACCUCAACGUCCACAAGAGGACUCACACCUGCAAGAAGCCCUGGACGUGCGAGACGUGCGGGAAGGGCUUCUCCGUCCCGGGCCUCCUGAAGAAGCACGAGCAGAUGCACGCCCGGGAGGCCAACCCCGAGUUCGCCGCCAAGAGGAGGCACCGCGGGAAGCUGAAGAAGCCGUCGCUCAAGAGGAAGUACGACGAGGAGGACGAGGCCAGCGACGACUAUUAGGCUGAUUAGCACUGUGUCGUCAGUAGGAAGGUACAACUCAAACUCUGUUCGACAUGUUAGCAUGAAAGAAAAGCUGGUCUGACCAGUGUUAGGAUCAGUGACUUUCGGCGGUGGAGUUACGACUGACGUUACAUCGGAGCACUUGAACGGCUUUUUAACAAUCUGAAGCGGCUUCAUUGAAAAGUCCAACGUUUUAGCUCUCUUCUUAUGUGGUAAUGUCGAAUUAGUCGACUUUCUCAACAAUGACAGAUUUAGAAAGAUCAAGUAGCAGUAGCACAUUUCUGACUUUUCCCCCCUUGAUGGUUUAAAGUCAUUUUUUUUUAAAGUUACUAAAGAAAUCCCCGAGCAAUUAUGUGCCUCAGCAGGCUCCUGUAUGUUGAGAAGACGAUCAUGGGAAAACAAACAUUUUAAGGCUUGUGACUGUAAAUCAUGUCUGUUGUGUUUUUAAAAGCAUCAGUGUCACGAGGAAACAUUGUUACGUGUCCCUCUUGAAACUAAUGGUUCAGUCUGUCUUUAUUUUCAUUUGCAGCUCUGAGCUUGUAAAGCAAAAAUCAACAAUUCUGUUUUUGUGUUGAACUUUAGAAACUGAUUUGUUGAGUGUGAUCAUGUAUCAUUAGGUCUCAAAUUAACCCAUGGAAGAACUAACGUUUAACAUUAUUGCAAUAUUUGAAGAGAAUGUGUUGUGAAUUAUUUUUGUUUACUUAUUUUACUACAUAUAUAAAGUGUGUAGGUCCGUAUUUAACCUACCAAGGAAAAUAUGUUUUUUUUUUUUCUCAGAAAAAUAAAGAUAA